AUGACGGAACGUGUCCGUAAGUAUCCUUCCUUGAGGAGCACUCUCAAUCGACCCGGGCCAACUGGCCAACUUGAGCUCGAGUCCAAGUCCCGUGUGGAGGACGAGAAUCGGGCCGAUGAGUUAUGGUGGUGGGAGGAGGCAAAGCUGCGGAGAUUUGAAACUGUAGGACUGGGAUAUGUGUGCUAUUGA